AUCUUUUAAAAAUUCUUCUUUGUCGUCUUUCCGGGCAGCGGUCUCUCCAGUGCCCCAGUUUGCCACAUGCGAAACACCGGUCUCUCCGCACGCUCAGUCUCAGCGCGGCCACUUCACGUUGCAACUCUUCGAUUUGUUUCUCACACUGCUCGGAUUUUGGUGGCUCUACCGCUGCAACCGUCUUACUCAACAGUUGUCUGGUCACCUUCGCAAGCUCUCCGAUGUCCAGUGGCUGUACGGCGUUAACCAGAUGUAGCUGUUGGGAUAUAUGUUCUGGGACACUCUCCAUAAACUGGGAUGCCAACAUUUGUGCCUCAGAAUCUUCGUCCAGUGUUGGUAGAGCGCGACGAAGUAGGCUUGUCAAGGUCAGCGCCAAUACGAGAGGGUCACCGUCAACUCCCAGCUUCAUGGUGCGAAACUGCUGCAUUGCCCGCUCUCUGUCCAUCGGGCUGUCAAACUCCUGCUUCAAGCGUUCCACCACUGACUUCCAAGUUGGUUGCCCCUCUGUUUGCCUCACACUAUCAUAUGCUGCCUUCGCCCGGCCUCUCAGUAGCGUUCCAAGAACAACCGUCUUCGCUGAUGGCUCUUGCACACCAUUCAACUCUGCAAUAGCUUCGAAGUCCCUUAAGAAGAUCCAUAUGUCUCCUUCUUCAAAAGCUGCAGGCCAUGGGACUUUCAUUUCGCGACAGGCAGCGACACCAAAUGUAACAACAGAAGGCAAGAGUCAGGCAACAGAUCAUUUAUUAAGGAAAUCAACGCAUAUUUAUAUAUUUUCAUGUACAUUACUAUGGAUAUUUAAGCAAACAAACACAGUCUUCCGAUUGGUUGUUUCUCACGUAAAGUUAAUCUUUCAUCUAUUUGUGACUGUUUCUUGAAUGUCAAAUCCUCUAUAUGUUAACUGCAUCCGCCUACGCAAAGUCAAUCUUUGUU